AUGGUACUUUGUUAUUCUUCAAAAGGAAAACCUACUCCCAAAAUAAGCUGGUAUAGAGAUGAGGUUUUUAUUGACUCACAGAUGAAUUAUGUUCCAGGUCAAAGAUAUGUGCAAAGCGAAAUAACAAUUGGUCCUCUUAGUAGGGCAGAUCUAAAUUCCAGAAUAACAUGUAAGGCUAAUAAUCACCCUCGUGCAACACCUGUGGAGUCAGUAGUACAAAUUGAUAUGAACUUUUCACCAUUAGAUAUCAGAUUACUAGGAGCACACCAACCCCUUUCUGCUGGACGUCGUUAUGAUCUUCUGUGCCAGAGCUCGGGUUCUCGUCCGCCAGCAGUUAUAACAUGGUGGUUAGAUGGUGUGAGAUUGGAAAAAACAACUGAAACGACUUCAAGUGAUGGAAACCAAACAACAAGUACUCUGUCGAUAUCGUUUAGCAAAACAGAUGCUGGUAAAUUACUAACAUGUAAAGCCUAUAACCAUGCAGUUCCCACGGAACCAUUAGAAGAUGGUUGGAAGCUUGAUAUACAAUAUAUUCCAGAAUCUUAUGUUCGAUUGGGGACUUCUUUGGACAAAAAUUCUAUAAGAGAAGGAACAGAUGUUUAUUUUGAUUGUAUGGUGUUUUCACAUCCACCAGUUUUUCGAAUCGAGUGGAGACAUAAUGGAAAUCCACUGCCAAGAAAUAUUUCACAAGGAGUUAUAGUCAGUAAUCAUUCGCUGGUACUGCAAGGUGUAACAAGAUCAACUGCAGGAAAUUAUUCCUGCGUUGGUUUUAAUGCUGAAGGUGAAGGAAACAGCCCACCGUUUUCAUUAAAUAUUUUAUGCGAAAUUGAUUGUAAAAGACCAAUUACCCUCUCAAAGACCUAA